AUGUAGCAGCUCAUGGCGAAUGCGAAUGCAUGCUUAAUUGCAGAUCGGACGGCUGUAGUUAAUUCAUGGGUCCACCGCCAAUUCCGUAAUAGUCUAUUUCAACGAUAACCAAGUGCCGACGGCUCAAAGUAGCCUUCUGCUCUCAAACUUUGCAAUGGGAGAAGCGGAGAGGAAAAAGAUCAUCAUCGACACAGACCCUGGGAUCGAUGAUGCUAUGGCGAUCUUUAUCGCGCUAAGAUCGCCGGAUUUAGAGGUGAUUGGUCUGACAACGACCCACGGAAAUGUUUAUACCACUCUGGCUACAAGGAAUGCUUUGCAUCUGCUGGAGAUUGCAGGGAGAAGUGAUAUUCCUGUUGCUGAGGGUUCUCAUGCUACAAUCAAGAAAGUUACAAAGCUUCGGAUAGCGAGCUUCGUUCAUGGGUCAGAUGGACUUGGAAACCAAAACUUCCCUCCUCCCCAGGGGAAGGCAAUCGAUCAAUCUGCUGCAGAGUUUCUUGUUGAGAAAGCUAAUCAAUUUCCUGGAAAGGUCACUGUUGUCGCACUUGGCACAUUAACAAAUAUUGCGAUGGCCAUUGAACUUGAUCCUGGAUAUCCACAAAAGGUGGGGCAGAUUGUUAUUCUUGGUGGAGCAUUUUCUGUCAAUGGUAACGUUAAUCCUGCAGCUGAAGCCAAUAUCUUUGGUGACCCAGAUGCUGCUGAUAUUGUCUUCACCAGUGGGGCAGAUAUUUUGACUGUAGGAAUUAAUAUUACCCAUCAAGUUAUUUUGACAGAUGCUGAUCGUGGCAAGCUCGAACGAAGCGAAGGGAAGUUUGCUCAAUACAUUUGCAAAAUUUUAGAAUUUUAUUUCUCGUAUCACAGAGAUGCAUAUGGAAUAAAAGGAGUGUAUCUACAUGAUCCAACUACAGUCAUUGCCGCUGCAUAUCCUUCUCUCUUGACUUACACUGAAGGGGUUGUACGAGUUCAGACAUGUGGCAUUACAAGAGGGCUUACGUUAUUUGAUAACACCAAAAAAAGAUAUGCAGAAAUUACGGAGUGGUCUGAUAAGCCGAAGGUGAAGGUAGCUGUUACCGUGGAUGCUCCGGCGGUCGUUGAGAUUGUGAUGGAUAGGCUAAUGAACUCCUAAAGUUUAUUUAACAUUUCGAAUUAAGCACAUCAUCAGGGUUUGAACUGAGGUAAGCUGUUUUCAUUGAUCUGUAGGCAUAACUUGUUUUUAUUGCAACUGAAUAAUAUUUUAUAAGUA